AUGCAGCCACUACAGCGUCACUCCGCGGCGUCGCCGUCUCUGGCCUCCUCUGCAAGAGUGCCUCUCGCGCCGCGGCAGCAACCGUCUGCUAAAAGUAGCGUGGGGCUCAUCCGGUCCGCCUACGCAGUUUUAUACGACGUGCAUGCCCGCGUCACACAGCUCGUCGACGAGGCAGAGGCGUAUCUUACCGGUGCGUAUGGCGCGACCCUGACGGCGACGCCCAAGGCGAGGGCGCAGCCCUCCAAAGACACAGCGUUGAAGCAAGACAACACGGCCUCCGUGGCGGCAGAGUCGCUGCUGCAGCGCUGCAUAGAGAUGCAGGAACUUCUGCAACGCGAGGGUAGAAACGCCGCCGCCUCACAAAGUCCAACAAACCAUCUGGCAAGCGCGCUCUCCGUGCUCGCGAAAUGCCUUCCAUCGGACUGGAAGGCUCUUUUGGUGGUGCAGCCAGAGGAAGCACGCGCCGGCGGGGGGGUCGGUGUCGCCGCGGCAAGCGCACAGGAGGCGUCGGCGGCAGCUCCAACGCAGGAAGAGGCCGCGCUUGCUGCAGACGGCAACGGCGCCAGUGGCGAAGGCACCUCAGCCUUCCCGACGAAGCGCGGUGCCUCCAAGGCUGCUGGGGCCAGUUUCGCGGUGUGUCCGUCCGACCUUGUGCAGCUAGGAUUGCUGCUGCGCCGCCAAUGGACGCUCCAGCGUGACCUCGACCUCCUCGUCCUGGCGCUCCGCGAUAUCUGUGCUGUGUUCGCAGUCGGGAGGGCAGCUGCAAGCAGUGGGGAUAACUUGAGGGCGUCUGCAGCCGAGGAUGUGCCGCCGCCGCUGAUGACGGUGGCGGUGACUCUGGCCAUGCUGCAGCUGCCACGUACAUGUGCAAUGCUUGAGGCGCACGAGGAACGCAUGCGGGCGGAACGGCUGUCCGUCGGGGGCAGCCCAGGCGCAGCCUAUUCGUACCCCUGUGUCGCCACGGUGCUGCCGGUGUGGCUCUGUCGUGCUUCGUACCCCAGAGCCACAUGGCGGGGUAGCGAAGAUACAAACGUGCCAUCGGCAUGUCGCAUGACGGCGGCUCCUGUGAAAGCGGUGGUAUCCGCGUUGGCGUCUGCGCGGCAGAUCACGAAACAGCUGUUCAAGUGGGAGGCACACGUGGCCCGAUACGUGAGCAUCGUCCUUGAAGCGUCGCCUUCGGGUUCGUCGCAGCAGCAGCAGCAGCAAGACGACGCUCCCAGCGGCGUGGGCAGCCUUUCUGCUGCGGGCGCGGCGCCACCGCUGCACCUGUCUGACAGGGACCUCCUCUUCGAUGUACAAGCCAAUAUGAGCCUCGAGCAUGGUGCCUGCAAUGAAGUGCAGCUCCUGUGGCUCACCGCGGCGGCAGCUGUCGUGGCGGCAGCGGCAGAGGCAGAUGCCUCUCGUGGUGGCGCGCUUGACGUGGGCGGCGGCGCUCUCGCCUCCUCCGGAGUCCGGAAGCGAUGCGACAAGGUGGAACGGACGCUGCGCGCGAUCUGGUCCACCUCGGCGGUGGCGCGUGCGCUGCUGCCUGGAGUGCUACUCCUGCUGGGCUGCAGUGCCGCUCGCCGUUGUAGUGGCCCGGAGAAGCCGACAUCGGACGCCCAGUCGAGGGGGCUGCAUUGCUGGAUGGAGGCCUACUCGCGUGGGCGGCAGGUUCUCGGUAGUGCGCACCCAGUGGUGGAGGCAGCUGCUGCGUUGCUUCCCAGCUCGGCUGUGGUUGCCACUGGCGAGCGGCAAGCCCCAGCAUCUGCGCCGGCAUCGCGCACGGCGGCACACCUCCAAGCGUUUAUGGCAGCACCGUCGAACGCUCGCAACAGCGUCACGGCGCGUAUCGGCGACGAAGACGCCCCGCUGCCGCCGCAGCAGCAGCAGCUCAUGCCCACCGGCACACUCACCCGCCUGCCACCUCUUCCGCCGUUGCUGAUCUCCAGCCGGAAGCCGUCGCAACUUGCACCCGCACCUUCGUCGCCAGCCCUGUCGUGGCCGCUGACAUCCGCGCCGACUUCGACGGCAACGGCGCGGUCCUCCAAGAGCGGGCCACCACUUCCUCUUGGACGUACCCUCCCGCUGCCCCUAACCGUCCCCUCCACUGCGGCAGCCGCUGACGGUGUCACCAGACCGUUUCGUCACCCAUCGCUGCAGCCGUCGCUGUCGAGGUCGAGGCUCCCACGCAGUCGGUCACUGCGGCACUGCUACCGACUGCAGCAGCCAGCGGAUGCGUUUACGCUGCGCAGCGACGUGGAGGAUGCCGUAUUGGCUGCUGACGAGAAGGAAAGCGCAAAGCAGAAGAAGAACGCCGCGCGGCGCCGCAGGGAACAGAGAGACCAGCUGCAGUCCCCGACGGCGACUUUGCUACUCUCCGCCAUAUCCCCAAAGACCGCCGAGGCUGCCGCGACCCGCGCAUCGGAGGUCGACGCCGGCGGCAAUACCCGUCGGCAGACGAGGCGUGACCGCCAGUUCUUACCCGCUCCAGGGGCACCAGCAAGCCCACCCGACGCCGCCGUCUCGCCGACUUUGUCACAACCGAAAGUGGAGCUAGAUUCGCAGCAGCAGCAGCAGGACCAGGAAGGCAGUCAAGAGCUUCAGCAAGGCGAUCUCAGCGAGGGUGCGCCGCUCGACCUCGGCGCCACCCUGCAAGGUAUCCGAACAGUCGAACCCGAGGCUGAGCAACAGCACGAUAGUGGCGGUGGCGGUGACGGUGGUGGUGGCGCUUCCGACGAGGAAGCUGAUGGUGCACCACUGCCGUCUACGACCAACUCCGCCGCCACCGCCGAUCAGCAUCGCGGCUCCCUCUGCACGGGCAGACUCAGCGGCAGCAGCCACAUGCAGCUCAGAGGAAGCAGAGGUGCACCACACACACAUGUAGUCGAUGUUGCCGGCGCUGUCGACGAGAACGCCAAAGAAGAGGCGGAGGCGGAAGAGGAGGAAGAGGCGGAGGAAACGCUCCCGGAGCGAAACGCGCGGUUCCAGCGUGAGGUGAUCAUGUACUACGCCGCGCUCAACGAGCGGCGGGUGAGGGCGGCGCUGAUACUUCAGCGGGCAUGGCGCUCGAGCAAGGCGCGUCAGAUCCUGCACGCCUAUCGCCAGGUCCUGUACCAGUAUGUCUACACAAUUCAGAAGGCGGCCGCGCUGGCGAUUGAUGGCUUUCUCUCGUGCGUGGUGGAGCAGCGCCGGCGUCAAGCAGCUCUGCACGCGCGCGCCGUGGCCGACGCUCGUCGACGCAAUCAGGAGCUGCGGGAGGUCUCUGCCGCCCGGCGGCUUACUCGUGCCGCGCGGCAGUGGCUGCAGCGACAGCGCGAGCGGCGCCGCCUGCGCAAGGAGCUUGGCAUCGCCCACGACACACGGCUGCGACUGUACACAAUCGCCGCCGUCAAGGUGCAGCAGUGGUGGCGCCGUGUGGUCGUCGAGAAGGCGUACUGGCGCCGCCGCACACUAGAGGUGGAGGAGCAGCGUCGCCUCCAGGCGGAGGCAGAACGACAGGCGCACGCGGCAGCCACAAUUCAAAAGCGGGUACGCGGCAUCCAAGCGCGUCGUUACGUAGCGCAGCUGCGCGAAACUCGCAAGGCUGAGGAGCUUGAGCUUUGCCGCCGCCGCGAUGCCGCCACAACAGUGCUGACGAUUGUACUGCAGGAGUACGUCCUGCGUCAGGGCCGCCUUCACCGAGAGGCGUUGGCGCUGGAGGUGAGCAGGGAAGAGGCGGCGCAGCGCAUCGCGGCGGGUUGGCGUCGCUCUGUUGAGCGUCGUCGCCUAGAACUCGCGGUGGAGCGCGCUCGACAGCUGCGCACGUCGUCGACGUGCAUUCAGCGGGUCUGGAGACGUUACGCCGCGGGGCGCCAACGCCGCUAUCUCCGCCAGCUGCGCCACACACUGCAGGAGGAGCGGCUGUCGCGCGAGGCGCAUACUUACGAGGUUAUUCGCCUUCUCCAGUGCUUCGGUCGAAGUGCGCAGGCGCAGCUGCUCGUGCGCCGCCUCAAGGCACGUCAAGGGCGCACCUUCAUCGAAAACCUCUUCCUUGUUCAAGCAGCCGGCCGCGGUGCCUUGACCAGAGCAGAGAUGGGUCGGAUGCAUGUAGCGGAGCAGGCAAGGCAGCGCGCCGAAGCCGUGGCCCUUGAAACGCAGCGCUGGCGCGCCAUCUGUCUCUCGCAGGCCCUCCUACGAGCGCAUGCCUCCGCAGCCCUGGCGCAGCAGCGGCGGCGAACGAUGCUAGCAGAGAAGCUUGUGGUGCGCACCACCGCAGCACGCGAGAUGCGAGCAGACGCUGCGGCUACAGUGCUGCAGCGCGCCGUGCGCCGGCACCAAAUGCUGCAGCGCACCGUCGCUGCCGAGGCGGAGGCGGCAGCCGCGCUGGCGUUUCUGAGUGGGAUGGCUCACCGUCUCCAGCAAGCGUGGCGCGCGUUCGCGGCGCGGCGCGAGCGGCGCUAUCGUGCUGCCGCCGCGGCGCAGGGCGCGCGCAAGCGGCUCGAGCGGGAGGAAGUGUGGCACCUCGUUUGGCAAGAUCAGUUCACCGAGCUCGAUAUGCUCUGUGUGCUUGAGCGCCAGUACAUCGAGGAGCAGCAGCACGUGGAGCGCGUCCGGGUCUACAGCUAUCUGUGCAACCCGAACGGUGCCACCUACGACAAGUGUUGCGCUCAGACACCUGGUGCCUUCAACGCAGACGCGGACCUAUUGAAGUGGGCCACCCUGUACGACGAGUGA